CUAAACAGCAUGAGGAGCCCGGCACUUCUGCUGCAGCAGGACAGAAGCUACCCAGACAAGGACGUGGUCAUGGACGAAUUCAGCCGCGGAUACGGUCUGUACAACAUGGCAGAUCGAGAUCUCGGGCAAGGUCCCGUCAUGCCUGUAGAGUGUCAAGAAGCCCACGCUCUUCCAGGUCCCGGUCCCCUCUUAGGCCACAGACAAAAGCCCUAACAUCAGCCUGGAGAUCAGAGAAAGAUCCAGAUGUUUCUCCACCCCUGAAGAGGUUUCUCCCAGCAAGACAGCCUGGACAUCAGCUGAACACAACCCCAUCAUACUCCCCACUGGAUCUCUUCAAACUGUUUGUCAGUGAUGAAGCAGUUCAAAUACUCUGCAUUAAUACAAACAAACAAGCGGCAAAAAACAUCGCUAAAGGAAGAAAAUAUUCAUGGACCAACAUAGACACUCGGGAAUUUCUCAAAUUUUUGGGACUGACUUUCUUCUUCGCAUUAGUGAGAUUGUCCAACAUCAGGAAUUACUGGAGAAAAGGUUCAAUUUUUAGUAUUCAGUUUCCACCCAACAUAAUGUCAAGAGACAGGUAUCAAACUAUAUCCUGGAACGUCCACAUGAGUGACCCUGACGAAGAUGCUGAAAAUGACAAAAAGAAGGGGACACCAGAUUAUGACCGCCUGUUUCGACUGAAGCCCCUUAUGAACACCAUCACACAAGCAUGCAAAACCCAUUACCAUCCACGCCAGAACAUUUCCAUCGAUGAGAGGAUGGUCGCAACGAAGGCCCACACUGGCCUGACGCAGUACAUGAAGGCGAAGCCGACCAAGUGGGGCUUCAAACUGUUUGUUUUGGCUGACUGUAGCAAUGGCUACACUCUGGACUUCACCGUGUACACGGGUAAGUCGCGGUUUGUCUCAGGUGUAGGACUAGCCUACGACUCUGUGAUGUGCUUGAUAAAGCCAGCACACAUGGGAACGGGUUAUCACUUAUACAUGGACCACUUUUACACAAGCCCCAAGCUCCUCAGAGACCUGUACGGCCUCAAUAUUGGAGCAUGUGGCACGUACAGGGACAACAGGAGAGAAUGCCCACGCUCAACCGUAAACGCCAUGACCAGAAAGGCCCCUAGAGGCUCCAUCAGGUGGAUCCGUGAUGGCCCACUGGUUUUUGUAAAGUGGAUGGACGCCCGUGAGGUCUCUGUCUGCUCCACAAUUCACCCAGCUUUCUCUGGAGAUACGGUGCAGAGGAGCAUGAAAUCCAUCCCAUGCCCAACCCCUGUCAUGGAGUACAAUAAAAACAUGAGAGGGAGCUGUGUAAGGAGAAGCAGCAGCAGCCCCUGACCCACAGGGCAUUCCUGGAGGAGCUGACGGCCCAGCUGUGCGGUGUCACGGCUAGCGUCUCUGCUAACAGGGAACCGUGUCGCCACGUACCCGUGCCUACCUCACAACAAACCGAAAAAAGCAAGAGGGCCUCAUAUGGACGUAAACCCUGUGUUCACUGCAGGAUGACCAGGCAGGUGAAUCAGGCCACUCCCUGGAAGUGUCAGGAGUGUGAUGUGGCCCUCUGCAUCAUCCCAGAUAGGAACUGCUUUGCAAUGUGGCACAAAUAAUGUGAUACACUAAAUACUGCAAAAAAAC